CCGCCGCAGACCAACGGGCAGCCCGCCUCCGAGACCAUCUACACCAACGGCAUCCACCCCUACCCAGCUCAAAGCCCCACGGUGGCAGAUCCCCUCCAGCAAGCCUACGCAGGCAUGCAGCACUAUGCAGCAGCGUAUCCCACCGCCUACGCGCCCAUCAGCCAAGCCUUUCCCCAGCAAGCGCCCAUCAUCCCGCAGCAGCAGCGAGAAGGUCCCGAAGGCUGUAACCUGUUUAUUUAUCACCUGCCCCAGGAGUUCGGGGACGCGGAGCUCACGCAGAUGUUCUUGCCUUUCGGCAAUGUCAUCUCUGCCAAAGUCUUUGUGGACCGUGCCACCAACCAGAGUAAAUGCUUUGGUUUCGUCAGUUUUGACAAUCCGACGAGCGCUCAGGCCAUUCAGGCCAUGAACGGCUUCCAGAUCGGCAUGAAGAGGCUAAAAGUCCAGCUAAAGCGGCCGAAAGAUGCCAACAGACCCUACUGA